AUGUCGCAAUCCGAUAACACCGGCCCGCAGAAUGGGCAGCUCUCCAUCACAUUUGACAUUUUCCGUGGAAUUGCCGAUGGAGCACACGAUUAUGCAGGCUGCACAAGCCCGCAGCACGAUGCGACCAUCCCUGUCGAUGGCCGCCCGAUCAACUUUGGCGUCGUUGUUCCUGGAGUCUACCGAAGCAGCUUUCCCCAGACCGAGGAUCACCUCUUCAUCAAGGGCCUCAAGCUGAAGACCAUUGUCACCUUGGUCCAGAAGGACUUCCCCCAGGGAUACGAAGCCUUUAUGCAUGCCAACGGCAUCAAGCACCACGUGGUUGACAUGAAGGGCACCAAGAAGGAGGAGAUUUCCAUGACGACCAUGAAGACCAUCCUGCGCCUCGUCCUCCGCCGGGAGAACCAUCCCCUCCUCAUCCACUGCAACCACGGCCGACACCGCACCGGCUGCGUCGUCGGAAUCAUUCGCAAGGCCUCUGGAUGGGAUCUGACCAAGAUCAUUGACGAAUACAAGCAAUACGCCGAGCCCAAGAUCCGCGACUGUGAUGUUAAGUAUAUCACGCGCUUCGAGCUCGCCGCUCUCACAAACCUCUGGGCCAGCGAGUCGGGCGCCAUGCUGCGCAUCCGCAAUUUCGGCCGCAUCACCCUGUUCACAGUUGUCAUUCUUGUCAUCUGGAUCAUCUCGGGCAGCAAGCUGCAUGCUAGACGCAAGCUCCUAAGAUGA